AAUCAAUAUAUAAACGAGUGUAUAUCGGACUACACUUGUCGUGGUUGUUCGUACUUUUGGCUGUUUGUGGAAUAUAUUCCCCACUUCCGAACUUGGACUUCUCUCUAGUUAGCGGGGCUGGGACGUGUUGGAAUAGCUAGCUUAUGUCAUUGUGUCACAGAGUCUUCGUUCUGUUCUCAGAUUAGAUGAGCUCGUAAUCGCUUCAAACAUAGGUCUCGUUUUUCCCAAAGAUUUGCUUACUUCUCCAUCAUCCCCUUGUAUACUUAAAAUAUGGAACCUAGAUAAGAAACGCCUGCUUCAAAUGUUUCACAACCAUUGGAUAAGACGAGGGUUCAUUAUGGUGUCGAAUAAUUAAGGGCUAAUAUUUUCAACCCUAAAUUAGUGAAACUGAUUCCCCUGGUUUAUUGUCCAGCAAGUUCCUGAGUCCCAGAUAUAUUAGUGUCGGUGUUAUAUAUACAUAACACUACGGAUUUUAAAUGCCUGACACUACGAAACGUGGUUUAUUUGUCGUUUUCGAAGGUGUUGAAAAAUGUGGCAAAAAGACACAAUCAGAAUUAUUACAGGAAGCUUUAACUCAAAUUACCGGCAAACAAACCCUGUUGAUUCAUUUUCCUGACAAAAGUACACCAAUAGGGAAACUACUGGCUGAAUACUCUGAUGAAAAACUCCAACUGGAACCACAUGCAGCUCAUCUUCUUUAUAUAGCUAACAGAUGGGAACGUCAAGAUGAAAUUUCGAAUGCAUUAAAAGCUGGUAUUAGCGUUGUUGUAGAUCGUUACAGUUAUUCUGGUAUUGCUAACACAGCCGCUAAAUUUCAUCCACUCUCUGAAUUUGAUUGGAAAUGGUGCCGUUCUAUGGAGUAUGGGUUACUGCAACCUGAUUUUAUAUUUUGCCUUGCUCCAGAAAAUUUUGCUGAAAUUUCAGUUCGUGACGCAUUUAGUGACAAAAAGUUUGAAACAAUGGAUUUUCAAAAACGAAUUCUUAUUUAUUACGGUCGUUUAUCACGUGAAAUGGAGUCUGAGUUAAGUGAGAAUGAUGACACAAAUGAGCGUGAACCGAGACUCUGGCAUUGGAUACCAGCAACAGGUCAAACUGUGGAUGAAACGCAUUCGUGUAUAAUGUCGAUUAUUGAUUCUAAAUUAUAAGCCAGUUUUUUAAUAAAAUUAUCUAUUCAUUA